UGACUUUAUAUAAACCCCUCUCUCUCUCUUCUCCUCAUACCAUCUAAACCUCCAAAUUCUCAAUCCUCAACUGAAAACACUCUCUCUCUCUUAUCCAAUUCAUUCCUCAAAUCCUUGCAAUGAUCGCAUCCCUAACUCUCCCCACCACCGGAACUUUUCGAUUCUCGCCGGGAAACCGUCUUUCUCUCGCCGGAACCACCAGAUCUAUCUCCAAAAUGUCUUUCGCCGCUGUAAAUCCCUGCAAAUCUGCGAUCCACGCCUCCACCGCCACAGCUCCAGCGGUGGAAACAAGGAAAUCGAGAUCGGCGAGUCUCUACGAGGUCUUGAAAGUGAAUCGAAACGCGUCGCCGGUGGAGAUCAAGACGGCGUACCGGAGCUUAGCGAAGGUGUACCACCCGGACACUUCAUCAUCAUCGCAUAGUGAUUCAUCGGACGGCCGAGAUUUCAUCGAGAUUCACAAAGCGUACACCACGCUGUCCGAUCCGGCGGCAAAGGCUCUGUAUGAUCUGAGUUUGAGCGCCGGAUCGAGAGGGAGGCCGUUUGGAUACGCCGCCGUCGUGAGUCGGUCCGGGUUUUACCCCACCCGAAGAUGGGAAACGGAUCAAUGCUGGUAGUAGUAGUCCUCAUCAAUGAAUCCGGAUCCCCAAUUUUUAUUUUUAUUUUUGGGUUUUUGGAAGUAUGAAAUUGUAUGUCCUAGAUUUAUUAGCCACAUGUACACAUUUAUGACGUGAUAAAGGGAGAGAGAAAUUGUGUAAAUUUGAGCCAAUUCAAUUUUUGUUUCCCUUGGGAAAAAUUAGUAAAUAUAUCUUCAACUUUUUUUUUUCCCCAA